UGUACUGUACUCGUAUAAUACGGUACUCAUAAGUACAGCGUCCACGCGGCAAUGGCUUGUCCCAAACGUCAUUGUGACACUGCAUCUCGCGUGGCGGGAGCCCAAGCGGGCGGGGACUCUCAAAAAGGCCUUCCUCACCGUUUAUCCCAUCGAAACCCCAACCCCAAGAUCAUCCCCCUUUUCUCUCCACCACUGCUUUAUAGUGGUGCCUUACCCAUCCCCCCUUUCUUUAACCUUUCCGUCCUCCGCCGCGCAGGGUUGCUUUUCGGAACCACCUCUCGCCUCUGUAACCCUCGGUAGCCUUCGGAUUGUCUCCAUGGCCGCUCUGGCUGAGGCUCUCAAGUCACUCUCGCCAACUAGUGUUGACUCGCUGCCGCGUGAGGACGACUUGGAGGGCUAUCUGGCCAACUCUCUUCGUGAUGCUAGAAUUAUUGUCUCCUCCCUUCCACAGGGCGGGGAAGGGGCACCGACUGCACCCGGUGGAGUGGAGGAGCUGCAAAAGGAAUGGAGACCCGUCACGUUGUCCGCGAAGGAGAACCCUUUGGGGAUCCAAGUGUUCAAAUUACAGCCAGGGGAUGGAAAGGGAGCUUGGUUUGCCCGGAGGAGUGUGCAUGCUGGGAUUGAGUUCAGGAGGUUCAGGGCUGCCCUCGAGAGAGAGUUUCAGCAGGGUGAUGGCAAGGGCAUCAAGGAAGAGAGAGGGAACGUGAGAGGUAUCGGACGUGAGAGGCAAGUGGAGACGAGGCGGUAUGAACUUGGCCAGAUUGAAGGUGCUUUCUCUCUCUCUUUUUCGGGGCCGUGUUAAUGGUGAUCUAGUGAACUACUUGUCGGCACAAUUCCCCGGGCCUUCGGCUCCCAGAGAUUUUGUAACCGCCUGUCUGACAUCCUCGGCGAGUCUGGAAGAUCUAUCGCAGCCUGGCCAACCUAGGGGAGGCCCACCAAGCAGGUCCCGGCAAUUCACGAUGGUAUCGCGUCCGCUGAUCGACCAUCCGGAGUGCGCCGAACGCCGUGGAUACGUGCGCGGACAAUACGAAUCGGUCGAAUUCAUCCGAGAGACCCCUGCCCAACGGAACCCACACAUUGAUCUCCGCGAUGGGUGUGCCCUGCCCGUAAUGAAGAGGGUUCGGAGUGUGCCAAACCUUCCGGAGGAUAAAGGGCGAGAUGACCGAGAAGGAAGAAAGCGGGGACAGACGAUCACUUUCGCUGAUGGCCCUGAACAGGGGGGUCACAGGGAAUACACGCCCGGAGGAAGUCUAGCAGGCGCGGAUAUGCCGGUGGAAACUCUUGAAGACAACCCCGUGGAAUGGAUUAUGAUCAGUCGUUCUGAUCCCGGCGGAAGUGUUCCAAGGUGGAUGGUAGAGCGCGGCACCCCCGGAUCCAUUGUCAGGGAUGCCGAGAAAUUUCUAGAUUGGGCCGGAAAGCAUGAGGAUCUGGCAAAUUACUAUCUAGAAGAGGAGGAGGCGGGGGAAGCCUGUGCUGGAGCUGGCAUAGGUGAAUCCAAUAAACUGAGAGAAGGAGCCAUACCUGGGCAGCAAAGGCAUGAAGAGUCUAAACAGGAUACCGGUGCGACGGAUCCUGAUUCUCGGAGGGAAGAUCCAGCAACUGGUCACGGCCUAAUUUCUUCAGCCAUCAACACCCUUUCCGCUGGUGUAGCUUCCGGCGUGCCCUCGGUAAUAUACACACCGAGCACAACUGCAACAUCCACGCCUGCUCCCUCUGGAACCCCGACGAAACUAACGGGCUCGACCUCCGAUAACGACGCCUCGGACGAUGGGUUCGACACAACAUCAUUAAACACAUUCACUACUGCCAUCUCAAUAGGCUCGUAUACGGGUAACAUAUAUCCACCUUCCUCCUCAGCGUCAUCAGUUCACACCACCUCGGCAACGACCGCUAGCCGACACCACCCCCACACCACCCACGAAGAAAAAGCCCUAAAUCGGCUGCUUCGUGAGAAGUCAAAGCUAUCGGCGAAGUUGGCGAAGCAAAUGGAAAAGGAGGAGCGGAAGCGAUCGAAAGACGGGGAGAAGGAAAAGAAAUUGCUAGAAAAACAUCUAAAAGAGGUAGAAAAACGCGAGGACCGCUAUCGCAAGGAUAUAGAAAAGGCAAAGCGGAGGGUCGAGAAACGGGAGAGGAAGGAGGGGAGGGAUAGACGAGAGAUUGGGGAGCUAAAAAAGAUUGUAGAAGGUUUGACGAGAGAGAAUCUGGACUUGAGGGCGAGAGUCGAGGAGUUGGAAAGGAAGGAACGAGGGGCUAGCGGUGAGAGAGCCAGCCUGGAUGGCGCUGUGGGCUAUAAGGCUUGAUUGUUAUUCCGAUGGCUUCACCUUCACUGUGUAUUAUACGAUGGAUUGGGGUGUUACGGCAUGCCAAUCGUUGCCUAGUCUAUAUCAUACAUACUUACGAUACCUUUUGUACAGUACAGUAACUUGACGAAUUUGAUGAAUGGGCAAAUGAAAAAUCUUGGUUGACAACUCG